UUUUUUCACAAAUUCCCAAAGCGGAGAGAGAGAGAGAGUGAGAGUGAGAUAGAGCCCAAAUGCCUUCCCUUUUUAGGGGAGACGAAGACGAAACCCUAAUUUCCCCAAUUUCACUAUGAAGCGAAUCAUCAGAAUCUCUUUCACCGACGCCGAAGCCACCGAUUCUUCAAGCGACGAAGAAGAGACGGAGAAUCGUGUAGGAGGAGGAGGAUCCCAAACCACUCGCCGCCGUGGGAAGCGUCUCGUCAAGGAGAUCGUAAUCGAUCCUCCCGAUUCCGCCGAUGAUAAACUCGCCGUCUGCAAAACACGGUUCAAAAUCAGGAUCCCGGCUGAAUUUCUCGCGACGCCGGCGGCGAAGACGAAGGAGAGGAAGAAGUAUCGCGGAGUGAGGCAGAGACCGUGGGGGAAAUGGGUGGCGGAGAUCAGAUGUGGUCGAGGAGGAAGAGGAGGAGGAGGAGAAGGAGUAUGUAAUAAAGGACGACGAGGUGAUCGUCUAUGGUUGGGUACUUUCAACACUGCGGAAGAAGCUGCUCUUGCUUACGAUAACGCAGCGAUUCAGCUGAUUGGACCUAACGCGCCGACUAAUUUUGGUUUUCCGGCGGAGAAUCAAGAGGUGGUUGGAGGAGGAGUAUCCGACGUUGCUAGAGGCGCGUGAAGAUAGCUUUUGUUUUAGUUUUUUUUUUUUUAAGCUUUCGUCUUUUGUAAAUUCAUCUUCGUCCUCCUGAUGUUUGUUUGUGAUGUGAUAUGAAUCUAUGAUGAGUGAGAGGUCCUCUGUUUCUGUUUCUGUUUCUGUUUCUCUGUUGUUGUAAUGUAUAUAUUUGUUGGCAUUA